CGCGCCCGGCGCCCCGGCCCCACACCGCCCGCCUCCAGCCCGGCCCGGGGCGCGGCGCCGGGGUUUCCGUGGGCCCCAGAGGGGCUCCGGGCCGCGAGCCGCCGCCGAAAGGCUUUGACGAAAAGCCCUUGACCACCAAGGCCAGCCUCUUCCUGAAAGCCCCGCUCGCUCCGAGACAGGAAGUGCAAGGGACGAGCGGCCCGGGGCGCGCGCGGCGGCGGCGGCGGCUUCCCCACCCGGUGCGGGGCUGCGGCGGCGCCCGCCGGCCCUUCCCCGCGGGCCAGCGCAGGGGCAUGCGGGCGCCCGAGUCCGUCCCCGUCCCGGAGCUGCCGGCGGCAUGAUCCGACGCGCAGGGGCGCCCGCGCGCCUGGACCCGGCGGGUCCUAUUCUAGAUGUUGGCAAAGGAAGAGAGGAAGAGAAGGAGGAGGAAGACAGCAUGGGGCCUUGUUUGCCAGCCUCCCCGAAGAACUGCCUCCCUUGCCGAGGCAUCAGUGUCCUGGAGAAGCUUGUCAAAACGUGCCCAGUGUGGCUGCAGCUGGGGCUGGGCCAGGCAGAGGCGGCCAGGAUCCUGCACCGGGAGGCUGCUGGGGCAUUCCUGGUCUGCCGGGAUAGCAGCCUGAAGCGCCUGGUGCUCUGUGUCCACUUCCCUUCCCUGAACAAGAGCUCAAAAGCGGUGCUCGAAUACACCAUUAAAGAAGAAAAAUCGAUAUUGUACCUGGAAGGCUCCGUUCUUGUGUUUGAGGACAUCUUCAGACUGAUUGCUUUCUACUGUGUCAGUAGAGAUUUACUGCCCUUCACGCUGAGGCUGCCCCAGGCCAUCCUUGAGGCUAGCAGCUUCACAGACCUUGAGACCAUCUCCAACCUGGGCCUGGGCUUCUGGGACUCCUCAUUGAACCCCCAGCAAGGAGGAGGGAGCCUAGCAGAGCCCCCAGCCUCCAGCCCCAGGUUCGCCACCCAUGACGAAAAUUGCUCGUGUGAAAUUGAGCUGUCCGUAGGAAGUGAGCGCCUGUGGUUUGUGAAUCCGAUUUUCAUCGAGGACUGCAGCCAAGCCCUGCGCUCCUGCCAGCCACCCCCUGGAUGCUGCCUCUCCAGCCUGUCACCUCCCCCCUCCUGCGCUACCUCACCCACCUCCAGGUGGGCCCCCCGUCGCCCGGCACCCCCGCCCCCCGCACCCCCUCUCCACGCACCUGGCCCUGUCGGGCCUCCUCCACCCCCUGCUCCUCCUUUGGCCGGCCGUCUGCCUGCGUCCCUCCCGGCGGCCGCUUCACCAUCUCCAGAGUCCCUUCCUCCUGCACCCCCCGUGUCUGUCCCCCACCUUGCACCCCAUGCCCCAGGCCCCCCAGACCAUCCAAGCCAGCCACUCAUGGCAGCCUGUGAGAGGCUCCCACCCCCACUGGCGGGCCUGGGCCCCCUCAGGGAGGAAGAGAUGAAGCCAGGGGCAGCCCCCAGCUCCUUGCAGCCAGCCCCGGCCCCGCCAGCGCCCCUGAAGAAAAGCGUCCCGGCUGCCCCUCCCAGACGCCGCGUCUCCUCCGAAAAGGUCUCCCUGGAUGACCAGAGUGCAGGGAAGGCGGACAGGGGGACGGUGGCGGAGGGGGACAAGCCAGGUCUUCCCGGGGCAUCCCCACUCAGACUGCCUCCCCAGAAGCCCCCAGACAGCCCUGGGGACAGGCCUCGGAGGACCACAGAGCAAGGCCAGGAAGAAGUGGUCAAAGCCAUCGCCCCGGGCAGCGCGCCAGAGCCGCCGAGGCAGAUCCGCCAGCCCCCGGUCCCUCCGCCCAGGAAGAAGCGGAUCUCCCGACAACUGGCCUCCGUCCUCCCAAGCCCGUCGGAGAGCCCCAAGCUUUCCACAGAGAAGGUGGCCCCUGAGAACCCCACGCCCGGUCUCCUCGGAGAGGGCCAGAGGCCUGCCUCCCAAGCUGGGGCUCAGAGCCCACAGGCCCGGGCCGGUGCCCGGCCCCAGAGCACCCCAGAGUUCAAGGGAUCCCUGGCCUCCCUCUCAGACAGCUUGGGAGUGCCCGCCUCGGCCACGGAGCAGGACUCCUACUCAACUAGCAGCGCGGAGGAGGAGCUGGAGCAGCUCAGCGGCCCCGGCAUGAAGAAGAAGCCCUCAGUGAUCCUGGGCAAGGCGAAGCACCGCCUGAGCUUCGUGAGCUUCACCAGCGUCUUCCACGCCUUCCUGUCCAACGACCGCAAGCUGUACAAGAAGGUGGUAGAGCUGGCCCAGGACAAGGCCUCGUACUUCGGCAACCUGGUGCAGGACUACAAAGUGUACAGCCUGGAGAUGAUGGCGCGCCAGACCUCCAGCACGGAGAUGCUGCAGGAGAUCCGCACCAUGAUGACCCAGCUCAAGAGCUACCUGCUGCAGAGCACCGAGCUCAGGGCCCUGGUGGACCCCGUCCUGCACUCCGAGGAGGAGCUAGAAGCAAUUGUGGAGUCAGCCUUGUACAAAUGUGUCCUGAAGCCCCUGAAGGAAGCCAUCAACUCCUGCCUGGGUGAGAUCCACAGCAAGGACGGCUCACUGCAGCAGCUCAAGGACAACCAGCUGGUGAUCCUGGCCACCACCACCACUGACCUGGGCGUGACCACCAGCGUGCCAGAGGUGUCCAUCAUGGAGAAGAUCCUGCAGAAGUUCGCCAGCAUGCACAAGGCCUACUCACCCGAGAAGAAGAUCUCCAUCCUGCUCAAGACCUGUAAACUCAUCUACGACUCCAUGGCCCUCGGCAACCCAGGGAAGCCCUAUGGGGCAGACGACUUCCUGCCUGUGCUCAUGUAUGUGCUGGCCCGCAGCAACCUCACGGAGAUGCUCCUCAACGUGGAGUACAUGAUGGAGCUCAUGGACCCCGCCCUGCAGCUCGGGGAGGGUUCCUACUAUCUGACCACCACCUAUGGGGCCGUGGAGCACAUCAGGAACUACGACAAGAUCACGGUGACCCGGCAGCUGAGCGUGGAGGUGCAGGACUCCAUCCACCGCUGGGAGCGCCGGCGCACGCUCAACAAGGCCCGGGCCUCGCGCUCGUCGGUGCAGGACUUCAUCUCCGUGUCGUACCUGGAGCCUGAGCGGCAGGCGCGGACGCUGGCGUCGCGGGCGGACACGCAGGCCGAGGCGCUGUGCGCACAGUGCGCGGAGAAAUUCGAGGUGGCGCAGCCGCAGGACCACCGGCUCUUCGUGCUGGUGGACGGGCGCUGCUUUCAGCUGGCGGACGAGGCGCUGCCCCACCGCAUCAAGGGCUACCUGCUGCGGAGCGAGCCCAAGCUCGACUUCCACUUCGUGUACCGGCCCCUGGACGGCGGCGGGGGCAGCGGGGGCCCGCCCUGCCUGGUGGUGCGGGAGCCCAACUUCCUGUGAGGCCGGGGGGCCCCGCGCCCGUCCAGUGGCAGUAUUUACCGAAACUGGCCGGUGUGGAGAAGCCGGCACACCGGGCUCACAUUCGCUCACCCCCACACUCACACUCGGCUGCCCCCACUCAUACAUGCAGGAGCCCCCCAUCUGAGCACGCACAUAUGCGCGCGCACACACACACACACACACACAAGGUGGAUGGGAUGCCUCCACCUCACACAUGCCUGCAACCCGCUGAGCAUGCCUAGGCCAACGUGGCAGGGCAUUGUGAAAAUAACGAAGCAGUGGCCAAGUGUGCUUCCUGAAGGAGUCAGCACUGAGAGGCCAAGUUCUUCAUUAGACAGAAAGGGAAACUGAGCCUCGGAGAGAGGAAGGACUCCAGCCAACUGCCGCAAGCAGCCCAGCCUGGCCCCUGGUCACAAAUAGCCCUCAGGCAAUCACACUGAACUCGCUCCCCCAGGCCCGCCCAAUCCUCAGUCUUUCCCAGGAAGGGUUUCAUUUCCCCAGGACUGUCCUCAGGAGGCGUGGAGGACAGGGCCUGGCCACAGCUGCCCCAACCCAUGCCCCCAGGCUGGAGCUAGGGUUCUGUGGGCGUGCCCAGCAUCUCACGAGCACCUCUCAGCGUCUGUGCUGAGGAGACGGCCCUGGAUCCCUGCACCAGAGCCUGACCUCAGCUACCAGCGCCCACAGUCCGCCACAGCUUCCAAGCCUCUCCAGGAACAGCCAGACAUACACCAGGACUGCCAAGCGAGUCUAGCUCCUCGGCUAUGUGGACAAGCCCGACCUCAGCCACAGGAGAACACUGACACAGCCUUACCCUGGUGGUGCACCGCAGGGCUGUGGCAAGGGGCACAGUUUGGGGAGAGUAAUAAAAGCCCUUGUAAGAA